AUGUCGGAUCCUUCAUCUCCGUUUAUCAAGAAGCGAGACACCCCUUCGUGGGCUUUGUACCAGCGCGAAAACUUUUGGAAAGCAAACGAUGGCGAGGUGCCGCCGUUCAACACCCAUCCCGACCGCCUGGAAGAACUAGCCAAAGCCAAACUGACCGAAGCCGGCUGGUACUACGCCUCGUCCAACGCCGGGCUGUCCCACACGCACGUGGCCAACCGCCAGGCGUUUUUCCGGCACAAGAUCGUGCCGCGGCAGCUCGUCGACACCAACGCCCGCUCCACACGCACCACCCUCUUCGGCCACGACGUCGCCGCGCCCAUCGGCAUCGCCCCCAUCGGCAUCAACAAGAUCUACCACCCGCACGGCGAACUCCCCGUCGCCAAAGUCGCCGGCGAGCUGGGCAUCCCUUACUGCCUUUCCACCGCGGGCUCCUCCCCAAUCGAAGACGUCGCACGCGCGCAUGACGAGGGUCGUCGGCUGAGCGAGCCUAAGACAUACAAUCCCUCCUCUGAUAGCAUCAACGGAGCGCCCCGCUUCUUCCAACUAUACAUGCCGCACGACGACGAACUGACCCUCUCCCUCCUCCGCCGCGCGCACGACGCCGGGUUUACCGGCAUUCUGCUCACGACCGACACGUGGCAGCUCGGUUGGCGGCACGACGACGUCGCGACGUCCAACUACGCCUUCUACCGGGGGAUCGGAGCAGACCUGGGCCUGACAGACCCCGUCUUUAAACGCCGCUUGGCCGAACGGGGUGUUGAUCCCGUCAAGGACCCGGCUAAGGCAGCUGCCAUGUGGAUUGAUAGCAUCUGGCAUGGGAGGGCGCACGGUUGGGAGAAGGCUUGUUGGGCGAGGGAUGGGUGGCGGGAGAUUUGUGCCAGGGAAUUGGAGGGGGGGAAGGAGGAAAGGCCGUUUGUGAUUAAGGGCAUUCAGAGGGUGGAGGAUGCGGAGAAGGCGGCGGAGUGCGGGUUUGAGGGGAUUGUGGUGAGUAACCAUGCUGGAAGGCAGGUUGAUGGGGCCGUGGGGAGUUUGGAUGCGUUGGAGAGGAUUGUGGACAGUGGGGUGGGGGAGAGGAUCACGGUUAUGUUUGAUAGUGGGGUGAGAGGGGCUGCGGAUGUGGUGAAAGCGUUGGCGCUGGGGGCGAGAUUUGUGUUUGUGGGACGGUUGUGGAUUUGGGGGUUGAGCGUGAUGGGAGAGCAUGGGGUUAGGCAUGUCAUGAAGGGGUUGUUGGCGGAUUUGGAUGUUUUGAUGAAUGUGGCGGGACUGAGGAGUGUCAAGGAGAUUGAUAGGGGUUUGUUGGAGAGUAUGCCGAAGGCCUAUAGUUUGGUGAAUGAGAAGAGUAGGUUGUAG